AUGACCUCACCCCAGGGCGUCGAGAAAGCAGACGUCGCGACGAGCAACAACGUAGACGAGACGGUGCGCAGUGAAGGCCAGCAGGUGCCCGAGCAAGAGAAUGUCACAUCAAAUCAUAUAAGGAUACAAGACGAUGAGGAGAAAGACACUCAGGACGGCCUGAUCAAUGGCAGGACUAAGGGCAAGAUCGUCGUCAUCAUGUUGGCCUUGUGUAUGGCUGUAUUCCUGGCUGCAUUGGACGUCACCAUCGUUACGACCGCCCUGCCCACGAUCAGUCAACAUUUCCACUCCGCAUCGGGUUACACCUGGAUCGGUUCCGCCUUCUUGCUCGCCAACGCAGCAUCGAUUCCAUCAUGGGGGAAGAUCUCGGAUAUCUUUGGUCGCAAGCCCAUGCUUUUGCUUGCCAACAUCAUCUUCUUGGUCGGCUCGCUCGUCGCGGCUCUCUCAAACAGCAUCGGCAUGCUCAUCGCCGCUCGUGCUGUUCAAGGUCUGGGCGGUGGUGGCCUGAUUAUUUUGGUCAACAUUGUCAUUGGUGAUCUCUUCCCACUGCGCAUUCGAGGCGCUUUCUAUGGUGUCAUUGGAGGCGUCUGGGCCAUUGCGUCAUCCAUUGGACCGAUCGUUGGAGGCGCUUUCACUGAAGGCGUUACAUGGAGAUGGUGCUUCUACGUCAACCUGCCGCUUGAUGGAUUGGCCUUCUUCAUUCUGCUGUUCUUUCUCGAUCUUAAGACGCCACGAACACCUAUCUGGGACGGUCUCAAGGCGAUUGACUGGGUUGGUACUCUCCUCAUUGUGGGCGGUACCCUCAUGUUUCUCUUCGGCUUGCAGUAUGGUGGUGUCACCGCGCCAUGGGACUCGGCUCUGGUUCUGUGUCUCAUCAUCUUCGGUGUUUUCACUAUCGCCCUCUUCCUCAUCUGGGAAUGGAAGAUGGCCAAAUACCCAAUCAUGCCAAUGGCCAUCUUCGCUUCGGUCACGAACUGUGCGACCCUAGGCGUGGUGUUCUUGCAUGGAUACGUCUUCAUUUCGGCUUCCUACUACCUUCCGCUGUAUUUCCAGGCUAUCCGUGGAGCGACACCAAUCCUCUCCGGCGUGUAUGUGCUCCCUACAGCAGUCGCACUCGCUAUCGGAUCUCUAGGCACUGGUUUCGUUGUUGCGAAGACGGGUAAAUUCUUGCCGCCCAUCUACUUCGCAUUCUUCUUCAUGACCCUCGGAUACGGCCUCUUCAUCGACUUCGAUGCGUACAGCGGUUGGGCCAAGCUCAUCAUCUUCCAAAUCAUUGCCGGUCUGGGAGUCGGUCCAAUGUUCCAGGCUCCUCUAAUCGCUCUCCAAGCACACAUUAAGCCGCGCGACAUUGGUACUGCAACCGCAACUCUUGGCUUCGUCCGCCAACUAGCGACUACCAUCUCGGUCGUCAUCGGCGAGGUCGUCUACCAGAAUCAGAUGAACAAGAAGGAACCCGAACUACGAGCAGUCCUCACACCAGAGCAAGCCGCGCGAGUCACCGGCGGAAACGCAGGCGCAAACAGCGGCUUCAUCGAUUCGCUCCCUCAACCCCAGAAAGGCGUCGUCCGCGUCGCAUUCGCCGACUCCCUCCAACCCAUGUGGAUCAUGUACUGCUGUUUCGCCGCCCUAGGCUUCAUUGUCAUGUUCUUCAUCAAGCGCAAGCAGCUCACACGGGAGCAUGAAGAGACCAAGACGGGUCUGGAAGCCGAGAAAAAGAACGCAGAAGACCGCGCGGCGGAGAAGGAGGCGAAGCGGGAAUCGAAACGACAGAGUAAAUUGACCACAGGCACUGGAGCCAGCUCGAGUCGGCCUGUCAGCGAGUACAAGGAGAAGGAUCUGGAGGCUGGUGGAGGGAUUUCGGUGCCUGUACCGGAGGUGCCUCAAGAGCACAGGAGUUGA